UAACACAGAAAGAUCAAUAUAGAAUCUUCGGUAAAACAGUGAACCCAGCUACGACUACGAGUACAGUAGCAGCACCUUAUUUUAAAUUAUGCGAAAUUUUAAAUUUUUAAAUUUCUAAGCAUGAAUGAAUCCAACGGAGCGUAGAAUAUAUCUGAAUUUGACAACGCUACUGGACCGACGCUGAUCAGGAACGGAGUGUACGGUUUGCAACUUGGCACCGUGUUUGUGACCGUUGUCCGUUGCACGAACCAGAGAUAUGGCGGGUCCCCCCAAGCGAUCUGGACAUUUCACCGCGUUCGGUGAAGGCCGGGGACGUUGUUGUUACCUCUGAACCCUGGAUCUGGUCGUUCCCGUAUAACAACCACAAAGUUCUGUGUGCCCAGUGUUUCACCGAAGCUGCGGGGCCAGCGGGGCUGCGUGUGUGCUCUGGUUGCAAACUGUACCGCUACUGCAACAUGGAAUGCCAGUCAGCUGACUGGAAAAAGGAGCAUAAACACGAGUGUGCCAUGCUGAAGAACAUUCACAAGAAACUGCAACCGUUUCAAGCUGCGGGUGUUUUUGACCACGACUGCGGACUGCAGCACUGCUCCCUGUUCGGAUGUUGCACUGCAGAGAUCCUCGUGGCCAAAAUCAUCAACAAAAUCACGAAUGGCCUGAUGGAUGAAGUAUCGGGAUUCGCCGGACGCGUCACGGUCCAGCAAGUCCUCGAUGUGCUUCCACUCCAGCCAAUCUUUCCGAAUAUUACGAACGUAUUUCACCACUUUAACCGGGAGAUCAGCGCCGCCAUUUGGCCAUCGAUCGCGACGGUCCGCGACAGUAUUCCGCGCUUUCAGGAAAUGCUGCAGAAGCUGGUGUGCAAUGCACUGCCCAUUCCGAAUCAGCGCAGCAAACUGAAACUGCAGAUGAUUGCCAUCUUCCCGCGGGCGCUGCAGCGGCACAUGACCCCGGUCUGCCUGGACACCAACGUCACCAUGGAUCCGCAAGGACGCACUAUGGUGGUGCGGGCGGUUGAGGAUAUUUAUUUCACCGGAAUGAAAGAUUGAGGGCGAAA